AUGAACACUUUAAUUUUACUGUUCAUUGGAUUUUCAUUAUCAAAACAAUGUACUGAAUACAAUCAAGGAUAUGAAAUAGAUACAGUUGAUGGUGCAUUUGAAUGUAUUGAAUCAAUUGAAACAACAGAAAAAGAAAAUGAAGAUAUUAUUAAUGGAUUAAAAAACUAUUUAAAUGGUGAUGUAUUUAAAGAUAUAUUAAAGAAUCCACCACAACCAUCAUUCUCAAAUAAUUAUUAUAAGAAAAUGGAUAUUGAUGCAGAAUUAAAUAAAAUAAAUACAAAAACAACAAGUACGUAUGAUUUCUAUUCUCAGAUUAAAAACUUUAUUGUUUCAACAAGAGAUUCUCAUUUAAGUUUUGGUUUAGAUUAUACUGCUUAUAAACCAAAUUUAAUCCUAAAGGUAUUAAGCUAUUUCCUUCCUUUUUCAAUAUAUAUUAAUGAUGAUAAUAAGAAAAUGUAUUUAAGAACAAAAAGCACUGUAGGUGGUAUUCCUAUUGAUGUUCCACAGGAACUAGUUAAUAAUGAAAAUGUAGCAGUUAAAACCAUUAAUGGAGAAGAUCCAUUUAAUAUUAUUCGUAAAUUUGGAAAGAAAUACAUAGGUUUAAGAUCUCCACAUGCACAAUUUGAAAAAGCGUAUUCAACAUUUGAUUUUGCUAUACUAGAAGAAAUACCAUUAACAAAAGAAUAUUUAAAUACACCAAUAACUAUCACAUGGGAAAAUGGAGAAAGUGUAAGUGUUAACUAUUCUAUAUUAAAGUUACCACUAUCGAGUAUAUUAAUGAAAAGAUCACCUCAAGUGGAUCAACUGAAACAAAGAAGUAAGCCAAGUUUAACAUUAGAAGAAAUAAAAUCAAGAAAUGAAAUGAUUAAAAGAAUGAAAAGAGAACAAGGAAGAAAUCAAUAUUAUGCUUCAAAUGAUGAUAGUGUACAUUGUCAGUCUUCAGAUAAUAUUAAUGUACUUGAGGUUCUUUCAUUUAGUCCUGAAAAAAGCUAUAUAAAAUCAUAUGAAGAAACAGUUUCAAAAUGUAUUGAUUUAUUUGACUCUAAUGAUUAUCCAAUUCAGGUCGUAUUCUCAGCGAAUGAUGAAGAAAAAUCAAUUUAUUCACAAUGGAUAGAAAAGAUAUUAUCACCAUAUGAUGAUGUUGAUAUGAUUGUUUCUGGGAGAAUAUCAAAUUUUACAGAAAGUAUAAUGAAAAGAGAAUAUGGAAAUAUUUUAUAUGACCCACACACAUGUAAAGUAAGAGAAAGUUAUGUAAGUCCAGAAGUACUUGGAGAGUGGUAUACAAAUCCAAAUAUUAUUAAUUAUGGUGAUAUUGAACAUAAAGUUUCACAACCUUCAGUUAUGAAAUGGGAACAAAUGAAAUUAAUGAGAAAACCAAGAAAACCAACAGAAAUAGUAGUUUAUACAGAUCCUCUUUGUUAUUCUGGUUGUUCGACAUUAGCAAAAGGAUUAAAAGAAUGGGGAAGUGCUAUUAUUGUAGGAUAUGGUGGUGACCUAUAUGGUACAGAUGAAGAAUUUGAAGUAGGAUUAUCAUCAAGUAAUGCUAUUUAUGUUAGUGAUAUAGAUAAAGAUAAUAUUUUAAAACAAUAUGGAUAUAAUCUUAAAAUAAGUCUUUUAGAAAGAUACAAACAUAAUUAUAAUUACAACGAGAAUAUUCCUAGUGAAUUUCUAACAGAUAUUGUUGAUGAAAGAAUACAUGUUAGUAGCAGUGUCUAUAAUAGAGACGAAAUAAUAAAAGAAGAAACAAAGAAGAUAGUUGAAAAGUAUAAAACAAAAUGUAAUCCAAAGAAUAAAAGAUUAGUUAAAAGAGAUAGUAGAUGUGAUAAAGAAAUUAAUAUAGAACAUGGACAUGGAGGAUAUGAAUGUGGAGAUAAUGGAGAAUGGAGUACAAAAUGUGUACUAGCCUAUUGUGAUUCAGGAUAUAAAUUUGAUUAUAUCAAUAAUAAUUGCAUUGAAGAUGUAUGUGUUUAUCCACCAAAUCCAAGUAAUGGAACACCACGAAUGACAAUAAGCAUAGUCCUAAUAAUAAUUGGAAUAAUCACAUUAAUUAUCUAA